AUGCAACUAAUAGGACAAUUCCAAAAGUCAGUGCGCCUCCACAGCAAACAGGUGGUAGAUAUCCUAGUAGCCAGCCGAGUCCAACACCGCGGUGUCUGGCGUCCCAUCGAAGCCAUUGACCCAAAACUCCUCAGCGCUGCUGUGAAUCAGGUCGAGGAGGUAUUAGUGCAUAAAAGCGUGCUUUCUCCCACAGAAGCUGAACGAGCGCAGAAAGUGUGGAUUACGUCUUUGAUGCAUACGAGUGAUAAGGAUAAGCUCACACAUUGUACUGUGGAAGUUGUAGAUGGGAAAGACGUUGUUUACGCAAAGUUACAUGUCACUGAAGACCCGGGGGAGCAGCAGGUAGCGCGUGGUACUAGACGCUGA